AUGUUAAAUCACGGUCGCCUUCUAGGAAAACAAUCAUUAUCCAAUUCAACACAAUUGUUGUACUUUAAAACUACGCAAGCAACUUUUGUUGAAAAGUUAUCUUCUAGAGUUGCAAUUUGUUCACGUAGUUUCUCUAAUUCCCAUUGGGUCGAAUUAGAGAAACUGGAUAAAAAAAAGGACAUAUUAGUUACUGAAAAGGUGGUAAACCCAUCACUGUGGGUAAGAAUAAAACAAGAGGCCAGUCAUUAUUGGCAUGGCACAAAACUGCUAGGUUUAGAAAUGAAAAUAUCAUCUAGGUUAUUGACUAAAAUGACAGCGGGAUAUCGUCUGACUCGUAGAGAGCAACUGCAGUUUAAAAGAACUACUUCAGAUGUUAUUAGGUUAGUCCCAUUUGCAGCAUUUAUUUUAAUUCCAUUUGCAGAACUUCUUUUACCAGUUGCUCUGAAACUAUUCCCAAAUCUGUUACCAUCAACCUAUGAAUCAAAAAAGGAUAAACAAUCGAAAUUAGAUACUUUAAGAAAGACAAGAAUUGACGUCUCUCAGAUGAUUAAAGAGCAACCUUCAUUCCUUCACCCAAUAAAUAUUACAGAUGGACAAAAAACCAUGUUUAAACGUUUUUACAAACAUGUACGUGAAACUGGGGAGCCAGAAAGUAGGGAGCAAUUGCUUCAAGUAGCUAGAUUAUUCACAGAUGACACCAUUUUGGAUAAUGUCACUAGACCAUACUUGGUUGCAUUAGCAAAGUAUAUCAAUUUGCAACCUUUUGGCACUGAUAAUAUGUUACGUUAUAGGAUCAGAACAAAGAUGUCGGAAUUGAAAAAAGAUGAUUUGACUAUAUAUUAUGAAGGUUUAGGUCAAUUGUCUGAAGCUGAAUUAAGAAAUGCAUGUGCAUCAAGAGGUAUGAAUAUUGUCGGUGUUCCUACCUCAAUCCUGAAAGAUAAUAUGAGCGUCUGGUUGCAAAUGAGAGUUCGUGAUAAAAUACCCUCUAGUCUUUUAACAAUGGCUUGUGCUUUUAAUUAUGGGGAUGCUAAAUCUGCAAAGCCAUUAUAUGAGGCCCUUUGUGAUGUUUUAAGUAGCAUCCCUGAUGAAUUGUAUCAUGAGAUUAAAGUCAAUGUUAUAAAAGAGGAUAAGUUGUCAUCUAAACAAAAACUUGUUCAAUUACAAGAACAAAAUGAAUUAAUGAAAGAGGAAGCUCAGCAAGACAAAAAUUCCGAAAUUUCAGUUAACGAUGAUUUAAGUUUAGAUGAACUUGACAAAUCUACAGAAAUGAAGAUUAAAAAUACCAGGAAACCAAAUUGA